AUGUUGGCCACACACCACAAUACCAGCUCCUCGGCUGAAACCACCUCCGCCGCUCAUCCUGCAUCAAUUAAAAUGGAAAGACGUGAUUCCGCCACCUCAGAAUCAUCGUUGGAACAUUUAGAUUUGGGUCGCACACCAAAGAAACUACAAACUGGCACCUCAACACCAUUGGUGGCCAACGACAAAACCAUGUUGACAUCUGGCGAUGCCUCCUCGGCUGCCAUCGCCGCCGCCACAAAUACCCAAAGAUAUUUACAAAGUAAAAUGCAAGAUUCCGAUGAGGCCAACGAUUACGAUGAUGAGGAAUCGGCCGAUGAGAAACCACAACGCCAACAUACUACACAUCAUAAACGUCGCCUGACAUCGCGCAAUCUUUUGGAUAAACGCACUUCGGUUCACAUUGAAUACAAUGCCGAUAAUCCAAAUUCGUUGCGUAAGAAAUUCCGUUUCAAUCACAGUUCGAUUGAUCACAGCAAUGAAUCGGGUUUCGUUGAUGCCAGCAGCAGUCAGCUGAUGAACAGUAGCUCGGCAACGGGUAAUGGCAACAAAUCAAAUAGUUCAUCGGCAGCCUCGACGCCACCCCAUCAACAGAGCACAGGGGGAAAUUCAAGUGCCGAUUCGGCACCCGGUGAAGAUAUGAAAUAUGUCUGCCCCAUUUGUGACGUGGUCUCAGCCACACCACAUCAAUUUACCAAUCACAUACGCUGUCACAACUACACCUCAGGGAAUACGGAAAACUUCACCUGCCGUAUUUGCUCAAAGGUCCUCUCAUCUGCCUCAUCAUUGGAUCGUCACGUUUUGGUGCACACCGGCGAACGACCAUUCAAUUGUAAAUAUUGUCAUCUCACUUUUACCACCAACGGCAACAUGCAUCGCCACAUGCGCACUCACAAACAGCAUCAGCACACCCAUCAUCGACGCAACUCGAAUGGAACAAAGUUCAACUCCAAGUCGGCGGCAACAUCGAACAGCAACACAACCGCUCCAGCUAAUGCCACAACUCCAUUAAGCAAUGGACAAUUAAAUGAAGGCGUUAAAUUAUCAACAGCUUUGGCAAUGGCAACAGCGUCAAAUGCCGUCGCUUCAGCUGCCACAACAACAACUACAACAACAACACCAGCCACAACACACGAUAAUCAUAAUCAUCACAUCGAGACAGGUGCUAAUGACAAGCGAUUAAAUGGUAACGCCGAAACAUCAGCCAUAGAAAGUUAUGAAAGUGAUGGCGGCUGUUCCACAGAUACAUCCACGGGUCACCAGCACAACAACAAUAACAACAACAAUGACUUGAAAAUUAACAAUAACAACUAUAAACGUAAGCUAAGUAAUGAUAAUGAUGAACAUGAUCUCGAACAACAGCAGCAACAAAAACCCCCAACUCCUGAAGAACUAUUAAAGCAGCAUUUAAAAGCUUUGGCCAACGCCGCCUGCCCUCCCAGCUCACAAACAAAUGGUGAAAAAUCAUCAACCCCAAACCACAACAACAAUGAAUCUGUAAUGUGUCCCAUUUGUAAUGAUGAUGAAUUCACCAGUGUCACCGCCCUCGAUCAACACAUGGAUGCCAAACAUCCCGAAAUACCAGCAAAAUGUACAAAUUGUGAGGUUAUCUUCAGGACUCAUCACCAGCUCAGCAUGCACCCCUGCACUGCUGACAUUAAAUCCGAGCGUAGAGAACAUUUUACACCUCGAUCACACCGUUCAAGGGAAAAUUCUCUCGACAAUUGCCCACAAGAGGAAUCACACGCAGAAGAACAUCACGAUCACGCCACUGAGGAACAACAACGCCGUCGUGAGGAGCUCUUCCGCCACUUGCAACUGAAAAAUAUGAUGGCCCAAGCCAAUGCUUCCUCACCUUCCUCCCAUCACAACAUUGAAUUAACCGAAGAUGAUAUUAAAUCGGAACCCUCGGCGGGUCAUGAUUCCAAAGAUUUGGCUGAUAUUCAAUCGAUUUUGAAUAUGACCUCAUCAUCGAAUACCUCUAAUUUCCUCAAGAACUUUGAACAAUCGGUGAACACCCCCUCCUCUCAGUUCAGCUAUGAUCGUGACGAGGAAGAGGCCCAAGAUGUUUUCACAGCCGAAUUCCGUAAAAUGAAACUGCGCGGCGAAUUCCCCUGCAAACUGUGCACAGCAGUAUUCCCCAACUUGCGUGCCCUGAAGGGUCACAAUCGCGUCCAUUUGAGUGAAGUUGGCCCCGCGGGUCCAUUCCGUUGCAACAUGUGCCCCUACUCCAUCUGCGACAAGGCCGCCCUGGUACGUCACAUGCGUACCCACAAUGGCGAUCGGCCCUAUGAAUGUGCCGUCUGCAAUUACGCCUUCACCACAAAGGCUAAUUGCGAACGCCACUUACGCAACCGUCAUGCCAAGACCACACGCGAGGAUGUCAAACGUGCCAUUAUCUAUCAUCCCUCGGAGGAUUCCAGCUGUGAUGAUCCCAACAAGAAACAACAUCUCUUCUCUUCGCCUGAAAUUGAUGAUGACAGCGAAUACUACCAUCAUCAGCCCCAUCCCAAGGAUCGUUCCACUCCCGUUUCACAUCUCAAGGAGAUGUUGACUCAGGGUGUUGGAGAACACAAUUCUGGAAAGCCUGUCAAGAUCCAAGUGAAAAAUCUAAAUGAACUAUUGGACAAAUCCUCAGCCUCUUCGGCUUAUGGCGAUAGCUACAAUGACAAGCGUCCAGUGGACAUUACCACUGCAUCACCAUCAGCAGCACCCCUUGAUAUGAGCAUGGAUGUUUUGGAUUUGAGCAAGAAACCCAAUAACACACAAACAAACGCACAAAAUCCCCCCGAACCAAAGGUGGCCCUGGAUGCCCCCUUGCCUUUGCUACAAAAAGAUGAUGCAAUUCCAUCGGUGUUGCCCACCACAGCUGCCACCAAUGACGAUGUCGCCAACAAGGCGGCCGAUUUGACAUCGUUGGAAAAACAACAACAAUUCCUGAUGGGCCAUCAACCAUGGCUCAAUGAUCCUGCUCAAUAUCUACAGCAAUUGUAUCGCAUUCAAUUGUUGUUCCCUCAACUCAAUCCCUUCCUGAUGCCCAACUCACCGUUCAUGCCAAAUAAUUUGGAUUUCCAAAAAUUGGCUCCCUUCUUUAGGACCAUGUUGGGCGCCACUGGUGCUGCUCCUGCCAUGCCAACACCAGCUGAUUUAGAAAAAAUCAUGAACCCAUCAGCAGCCUCUAUGGCUGCAAUGCCACCAAUCAGCCCAAUGAUGUCGGAGAAAUCCAACACAGCUCCAAUGCCGUCACCCAAGCCUGCUGGUCUGCUCUCGCCCAAUCCCAGUCACUUGAAUAUUCCCCGUCAUGUUGUAAAUCCCUCCUCAAUGGCUGGCGGUCAAGUUCCUCACUUGCCACCCACCAUGUUGUCAAAUGGUCCCGUUAAAAUGGUGCUCAAGAAUGGUGUCUUCAUGCCAAAACAAAAGCAGCGCCGUUAUCGCACCGAACGUCCCUUCGCCUGUGAACACUGCUCGGCCCGUUUCACCUUGCGCUCGAAUAUGGAACGUCACGUGAAGCAACAACAUCCUCAAUACUAUGCUCAACGUCAACGUAGCGGUCAUCAUGUUAUGCGUGGACGCGGUGCCAGCAGUGCUGCCAAUAUGAAUGGCAUUACCCAUCUGCAGGCGGCAGUAGCCGCCCAGGCCCACUACGGUUCCAGUAGCAACAAUCAUUCACCCAUUUCCGAUCAAGUCAAAUAUGCCAUUUUGGCUCAGCAGUUGAAGGCCCGCAAGGAUCCUGAUUUGUUGCAGCAAGCCUUGGUCCAUGGCUCCAAUAGUGUUGCCAAUUCGAAUAUGUUUUUGGGAGGCCUUAAUGGUAAUGGUGUUGCCAGUGGAUUUCCCCACUAUGGAUCCUCUUCUGCCCAACAACAACAACAACAACAUCUGAGUCAAAGUGGUACACCUAAUGGUUCAAUGGAAGAUGAUGAACCCAAACUGGUGAUUGAUGAGGAUGAAGAUGACGAAGACGAUGGUGAUGAUGUCGAAGAGAUCCAUGAUGAUCAGGAUUAUGACUACGAUCACAAUGAUAUACAAUUAAUGGAAAAAGAUCAUGGUGUGGAUUAUGAUGAGGAGGAGGAGCAGGACGAUCAUGUCGCCGUUGAGGAAAAUCAAUUACCCACCACUGUGGAGGAGGUCAAACUUAAAAAUGAGACGAGUGAGGAACCCAAAGAGGCAGCAAAGAAAGUGGCUGAAUCUAUUUUGGAACAGGCCAUCAAGGCUGCACCAAAACCCUCAACAGAAAUGGUGCCAAACAGCAGUACCCUGAAGUCGAUGAUUGCUCAAGCCCCUGCUGUGGGUAAAUCACUUAAAGAUGUGGCCAGUUCUGCCUUCAAAGAUGAAUCUCAGGAUUUGGUACCAGUGGCAAAGUUGGUGGACAAUGCCACCAGUAAUUCGGUCUCGUUUAACAACUAUUUCCGUCCCGGAGAUGCUGCCAACCACAUGGAUCAAAGUGAUGAAGAAGGUUUGGUGGCCUCAGGCAGUGCCAGUGAAAGCAACAAUUCCGGUGCUGAAGAUGCUGCCAGUGGUGUUCCCACUAAGAAGAAGUCAGCCUACAGUUUGGCGCCCAAUCGUGUAUCGUGUCCCUAUUGUCAACGCAUGUUCCCAUGGUCUAGUUCUCUGAGACGUCACAUCUUGACGCACACUGGCCAGAAACCCUUCAAAUGCUCGCAUUGCCCACUGCUCUUUACCACCAAAAGUAACUGUGAUCGCCAUUUGUUGCGUAAGCAUGGUAAUGUAGAAUCGGCCGUUUCCGUCUAUGUUCCCGAUGAGGAUGUCAAUGAACCCAUUCCAUUGCCCAAAUCUGUCGAGGAAAUUGAACGCCAGCAAAGAGAACGUGAAGAGGAGGAAAAACGUCGUUUGGCUGAGGAAAAGGAGCGCGAACAAAAGGAAAAGGAAUUACGCGAAAAGGAACAACAAUUGGAACACGAGCGUCAACAACAACGCCAGGCGUUAUUGAAGCAGUUGGCAGCUGUACAGCAGUAUAAUCAAUUUCAAUUGAAAUCGGAAACCUCCUCCUCCGCCACUGUGGGUAUCUCCUCUUCCGAGUUGCCCUACAAAUGUCAUUUGUGUGAGAGUUCCUUUGCCGAGCGGAAUCAAUGUCUGGAACACAUCAAAUGUUAUCACUUGCAAGAAUACGAGUUGCUGUUGUCCAAAGGAGCCAUCGACAAUGAGUCGGAGGCAGCAGCUCAGAUUCAAUCGAACGAAGAGGAAGAACGCCAGCGAGCCAAUGAAGAGGCCAACAAGGGUGGCAAAUAUCCCGAUUACAGUAACCGCAAAGUGAUUUGUGCUUUCUGCAUGCGUCGUUUCUGGUCCACUGAAGAUUUGCGCCGUCAUAUGCGCACCCAUUCCGGCGAGCGGCCAUUCCAAUGUGAAAUCUGCCUACGCAAGUUUACGCUGAAGCAUAGCAUGUUGCGUCACAUGAAGAAGCAUAAUGGUGGCAUGAGCAUGAAUGGUUCUCAUCAUGGUAUGGAUGGUUUGACUAAUGGCAAUAGCUGUUCCGACUAUUCGGAUGAUGAACAGACUAGUGGACCACCAGCAGCACCACCUGCCGCCAUGACAAAUGCCAAUAUCAACGCUUUGUUUAUGGGUUCCAUGAAUUCCAAAAUUCAGGAAUUGCUCAGCAAAGCCAGUGAUUGGGGCAGCAACAAUGGUUCGGUGCUGAGGGAACGCAAACAAAAUAUGGCCGAUGAUAACGGUAUGCAGCCUCAAUCGGAUUUAAUUGGAAAUCUUUUGGGUAUCAGUGAUCAGGGUAUUUUGAAUAAAUUAAUGUCAUCACCGGAUGAGGCAGCCAAGCUGUUGGGAGUUGAAAAAUAA